CCAAAUUCGCAUGUUUCCGUGCGUCAGCGCAUGUUUUAGUGGGCGAGGGCUCAUAUGGUGAUGAGACCGAGCGCAUGUGUUGUCGUCGCCUCCGCCGAGUUAAUCUCUGAAGAGGAGGUGUGGUUGCCUCCUCCUCCUCUCGGAUCUCAGUGCUGAAUAUUAAGCCUUGCUUUGCCUCUAGCUCUUCAUCGAACAACAGUUUUGACUGUGAAACAUCAUCUUCUGGUUCGAUUUCGGGACGUUAAACACAUCUGACAUCAAAGAUGAGUUUCAGCAGCGAUAUGGAUGAUACAGAAGACGGGAGCAACAGAGAGUUUGAGAGCGUGGAGAUGAACAAACUGCGUCAGAGUCUGCGCAGGAAGAAGCCCACCUACAUGCCGGAGGCCAGUCGACCCCAUCAGUGGCAGGCCGAUGAAGAAGCCGUACGAAAAGGAAAAUGCAACUUCCCUGUCCGGUAUCUCGGUCUGGUGGAGGUAGAGGAGUCCAGAGGGAUGCAUGUGUGCGAGGAAGCUGUGAAAAAGCUGAAAGUGAGUGGAAAGAAAACAGUCAAAGCUGUGCUGUGGGUGUCCGCCGAUGGCCUGAGAGUAGUGGAUGACAAAACCAAGGACCUCAUUGUCGACCAGACCAUCGAGAAGGUGUCCUUCUGCGCGCCCGACCGCAACUACGACAAGGCGUUCUCCUACAUCUGCCGUGACGGGACGACUCGCCGUUGGAUGUGCCACUGCUUCAUGGCCCUGAAGGACUCGGGGGAGCGUCUGAGUCACGCUGUAGGAUGCGCAUUUGCGGCUUGCCUUGAGCGAAAACAGCGGCGGGAGAAGGAGUGCGGUGUCACUGCUUCUUUUGAUGCAAGCCGCACGUCCUUUGUAAGGGAAGGUUCCUUCCGCGUCUCCUCUGCUGGUAAGCAAAGUGACCGGGAAGACAUCAUGAAACAACUACAGGACAAAAAGAAAGAAGCCUGCUAUAGUAGAAACGUACAAGGAAAUGCUUCACCUCCAGAGGGAGCGGCCUCCCCUGUAGAGAGGGCGGAGCCAAGCGGACCUCACGCCAUCCCACGCCGUCACGCCCCCAUCGAGCAGCUGGUCCGACAGGGAUCCUUCAGAGGCUUCCCGCAACUCAGCCAGAAAAACUCACCUUUUAAACGACAGCUCUCUCUGCGCCUGAACGAUCUCCCGUCCACCCUACAGCGCAAGACCGACUAUCAGAGCAAGAACCCAGUUCCAGAGAUGGAUCUGUCAGUUGCAGGAGAGCCAGAGAGCAUCAAUGCUCUGUGCAGCCAAAUCAACCACUCCUUCACCAAACCUUCUGAAGAUCUGUGUGCCAAAACCACCAACAACUGUGCACCAGAGUGCAGCGCUCCACCUGCUAUCCCUCCUCCACCCGCACCCCUGCAAGCUACCAGCUCAUGGAUUCAGACAGAGCCUGCUGUCCAGUCUUCUCCUCCCAUAGCUCAGGGCGGUCAUAAACGGACGCCAUCUGAGGCCGAACGCUGGCUUGAGGAAGUGGCUAAAGCUGUGAAAGCCCCUCAGCAGACUCCGCCCCCUCUACACCCACCACUUACUCAGCAACCACCACCGGUCCCCACCAUGCCCAUCGCACCAGGUUCCCAGCCAACCUCCAUGCAACCCUUCCCAAUGGCGUUCGACAUCACUCCGGCGCCCGUCGGCAUGUUCGCCCAGCAACCCCUUCAGCCGCAGUUUGUACCUAUGCAGCCAUACAUGCCAACUCUGGCCAACAGCAUGACGUAUCCCAAUGCUAGCGUGCCUAUAGUGGGCAUCACACCGUCACAGAUGGUGGCUAAUGUAUUCUGCACCGCAGCUGGUACUGUGGGUGGAGCAGCGAUGGGAAUUGGAAUGGGGCCUAAGACGGGCACGCUGUGCGGCACCCAAAACUCGGCUUUCUCCACACUACCCGGAGGCUUCCCGAACACCACAUUUGCAUCUCCGACGGUCGUUAAUGGACACCUACACAACUCCUUACCCUCGACUACUACAACCGCCACGCACAACGGCACUGGUAGCGCCGCGAAAGUGGGUAUGAGUUGGCCGAUGGAUCCCCACCCUACAAGCAGCUCCCAGGAAGCAGAGCAUUUCGAAGCGAAGUGGGCCGCGCUGGAGUCUAAAUCGCAACCUAAGGCACCCAACCCUUUCUCGAAUGACUUGCAAAAGACUUUUGAGAUUGAACUUUGAAAUGUAAACGCGUAACGAGCUUCGAGAACACGAGGCUAUUUCACACCCAGUUCCCUUUUGUUUGACUCUCAAGGGGGUUUUGUACGCUCCUGGUCUGUUUUAUGUGAUAUGGAGAAGUGAUACCAGAUUUGGAGAGCUGGAAUGUCACAAAUCAAUCGGUCGGAACAUGUUAGGAGGCACUUAUAGGACAGAGAGAGACCUGCACGUUGUUUCUCAGCAGUAAUGACUUUUCGCCUGGCAAAUGAAUGAAGGGGGGAGGUAAAAACUGAAUAGGUCAAAAUAGUUAUUUAUUCUUUUUUAAAUAAUUAUACUUGUUAUUUUUAAUCUUGAUUUUAAUUGCCGAAUUAUUCUUGCUAGGUUUGCCCUUAUUUAUUUGACAUUUAACAGGGUGAAAGAUUACAGACGGAAUAAAUUGGCUACUUGAAAACUAACUCGCCAAAUGAUAGGAGUUACCGUAUAUUGAUAGAAUGUUGAGUUUACUUUGUAUGUAGGAAGGAAUGUAAAUAGCAUGCUUUUAGUUUACUUUAUUUAUUGCCCUUUUUGUGGCUGUUCGCUUUAUUGAUUCCAAAUGAAACGUCUGCUCUGCACCGUGAGGACACCUAAAGCACCGACAUUCCAACCCUGACUGUCGAGACUUAGACAAGACAAGAAAUGCCACUGCGGUGACCCUGACCUCUGGGAUUGAGCAUUGGAAGUACUUUUGGGAGAGAAGACAUUUUCUGAGGGUUAUAGUUCUAUUUUUAUAAUGCGUUUAGUGAUGAGAUGUGGGGAUUUUGGCAACUUUGUAACUUUUGAGCGCCUUUGGAUUAGCGGUAGCCAGAAUGAGAUCCAUUAGGAGGCAUCUGGAUACUUUUCAAAAGGACUCAACGUUGGGGGACUUCCUCAGGAUAACCCAAACGUUCAUCUGGAGGAGUGCAAAGGAUCAUGUAUGAAUCAAACAACAAAACCUAAAAUACCACACAAUAAAGGACCUAAUAUUUAUAUUUCAUCACCACCAACAAUAAAAUGCAAUGGAGGUCUUCAAUGUCCAGUAAAGGGAUCCAUUAAAGUGACAGUUCACCCAAAAAUGAAAAUUCUGUCAUUUACUCACCCUCUUGUCAUAUCAAACCUGUAUGACAUACUUACUUAUGCAGAACACAAAAGAAGAUAUUUUAAGCAAGUUGGUAACCAAAAAAUGGCGAUACCCAUUAGCUUGCAUUGGUUUUGACAGAAUUUAACAGAAUUUCAUUUUUGGUGAACUAUCAUUUUAAAAUUCAGUGUUUUUUAAUCCUAUGAAGGACAAAGCCAUUGCACAAACAUUUUGUUUGGGGGUCUUUUGACGUUUGUGGCCCAAGUCAGGGUUGCACCAGCUUUCUGUAGAACAUAAAAUUCAAACAAGAGGCUUAGUAACUACUAGUUUGUUUGUAAACGACUUGGUUGCACCAUUUGUUCUUAAGAGCAUAUAGUAGCUAGUAGGUCGUAAACUCGGCAUAAAAUGUAAUGCGAUGUGAUAACGUUUAUGUCAAUAUUCCAACAGGAGCUUUUAAAUUCGUGAGAAGUUGUGUUGAAAUGAAAAUCAUAGUCAUAGACGGUAUUAUAAAUAAGGAUCUAUAAAUACUGAUAGUAAAAACAUAAUAAAAUCAAAACAUAUUUUAAUUAAAUAAAAAAAUAUUAAAGUUAGAUUAGUUUCUUCAUUGUCAUUGUACAAACAUGCAACCAGAUUAUGGUGCACUCAAGAUCCAGACUCAGUAUAUGUACAGUAAAUAAAUACAUAAGAAAAAAAAAUAAUACAAAUUAUUUCCCUUCAGUCUUCUACUCUAAACAUAAAAUGAUAAUUAAUGACAUUUAUUUAUUAUAACUUCUUUUAUUUUGGCAUGCACAGCAGGCUGUUUAGGAUGGGUUCGUGUUGAAGAGUUACUCGUAAAGUAAUUUAACCACAUAUUAUUUUCUUUUUUUAAGUGUAAGCGAGUGAUAAUGUGAGCAUUGCAAUGUGUUACGGAUGUAAGCAUUUCUCGUAAAAAAAAAGAGCUUAUAGAUGUAUUUCAGUCAGUUUGCAACUCCAGCUUCCGUAAAUAUUUAGUUUAAACGUAGUUACGCUUCAACGAAGUUCAAUGGUGCAACAGAAUUUUUUUUAAUACUGUGCAAGUUCUAACUUGGUGCUCUUUUACUUCAAAACUACGUUUGUAAGUUGUAACUUACACACAGCUGGUGCAACCGAUCUCAGGCCCCUAUAGUCCUUUAAUUCGGCUUUGAUUGUGUAAGGUUGAGUAAAAUGACAAAGGUUGAACGAGAAAGUUUAUUUUAAAUCUUUCAAAACAUUAAAUAGAUGGAAAACAAGAGUAGUCGUGAGGCGCAGGUGUAUUAACAAGUAUUAACAAAAGAUUAAAAGUGUUGGUUGUAACAGGCAGUGAUGAAAACAGACCACGCAGGGAGACUGUUUGGUUCAUGCAUGCUUAAAAUAUCCCAUAUUACAGUAUGUUAAAACUAUGAAUAUGCAUAUUAGUUAUGGCUUUCGUUUCGUAUUGCCACUGUUUUCACUCAUUCUGGUCUAAAAUAGAUAAAAAUGCUUUUAACUGCAGACAAAUGUCCUCGCACACUCCCAAUAAUAAGAUCUCAUCCAAAUCUGAUUGAAACCCAUUUUUUCACCACAUGUAAUGACGCUCAAUGGUUGUUUAUUUUGUUGUGAGAACUGACAAUUUAUGAAUGCAUUUUUCUCAAUUGCAAAUGUAGAAAUCUGAUGUGCUGAAUGAUGUUAGUGGUGUGUGUGUGGAGUCAUGCAAGUGUUUAAUGCUAGAUGAUCAAAGCCAGACUGCACACUGUGCUUAUGAUGUGUACUCCAUACACUGGACAAAUGCUCGCUUCCCACAGAGCCGGUGGAAAAGAAGGCAGGCACAAUGUUUUUAACUCCUGGUCCUCAAGACCGUUUUGACCGUCAUGUGUUGUAACUCGACUUGGCCACUUCCCAGUUUUCUUAUCAGCUGUAUUACAGGGUCAAGCAUGUCACAAUGAAUACAAAAAUAGCCCUUUUUUCCAAAGACAAUACGUUUGUAAUCCGGCCAAGCUGUAUGUUGUGUGGGGUGCAAAUAUUUACAGUUCAGAUGAAUUUGUUACAGUCAAUUGCCCUGGUCUUUUGUCCACUCCCCCUCAACGAAAUACAUAGGUUUUUCCAAACCAGGGAACUAAAUUACCUCAUAAACUUGAUUGUAAACUUUAGUGUAGUGAUAACAAACCAGUGGAGUUUAUUUUUAAUCUUUAUUUACAGAAUUUUGUAUUUAAACCUACAUAUUUCUAUUGUAUAAAAGAUAAAUAAAUAAUAUAAUA